AUGCUGUCAAAAACCUUCAGCAGAAACCCAACAUCAAGAAACAAAAAGAAAUACGGAAUCUCUUCAAACAGAAGAAAACAUUGAAAAGCAAGAAGAACAUCAGACAGAGAGGAAACAAAGAGUCACAUCUUUAGAUGAUGACAUUAUCGCUGAAUCGUCGUCAACAAAACACCCGAUAGAAGUACAGGUUAUAAAAGAAAACGGAGACGAUGCCAAUAGAAGACCCACGAGUCAGACAUCAACAGAAGGUGAUGCGGUUUGUAGCACUAAGAGGAAGGUUUAUAAAGCAGUCAAAGAUUGGUUACCGGAAGAAAUGAUAGACAAGUACGGCGAGAAAUUUAUCGAAAAUGGCUUUGAAAAUGAGAUGUUCAUAAGUUCAAUGACAGACAAAGAUUUGGGCAAAAUUGGAGUUAAGACUGACGGAGAAAAACUAACAUUACUUUUGAAAAUACGGACAUUACCAGAAUUUAAAAUAGCCCCAGAAAUUCCUAUUGACUUAUCGGAUUGGUUAGACAAGAUUGGACUUGAACAAUAUAAAGAAAAUUUCAUGAAUGCCUCGAUAAAGUCUACGGAAGUAAUGGAAGCACUGAAAUCAUUUGGAAAGAAAGACAUCAUAAAUCAACUAAACAUAGUAAAGAGAGGACAUGUCAAGCGCUUACUCUAUGCGAUCGAACAGAUGCGUCAGCCGACGAAAAGAGAGGAGAACAUUGAAAAGGCAAGAACGGCUCUACUUGAGACAAGAAUAGAGAAUUGCUCGGAUCAGCUUCAAACGUUUUGGACCCACUUGAUUGAACUUUGUCUUGUUCCACAAUCUUCUGCAUUUGGUUCAGAAAAUACAUUGAAAGAGAAAUUGAGUGAAUUGCGCAACACUUGGCUUGUAAUAUUUGCUUUGUCAAAUAUUUUGUGGUUGAUACUGAUUUUCACUUUGGCUGCACAAGGACAUUUGCUGAGUGUCUUUGGAGGCAACCCUGUCGGUUUUAUCGUCCUAGUCCUCUUUGGGUUCAUUUUGAUAAUGCAAUUUUUGGCGAUGUUUGUGCACCGCUUUUCAACUUUGAAGCAUUUUCUGGCCAGAGCACCAUAUUUCCGUAGCAGCGGCAAGAAUGUUAUCUACAGCCUUCGUACCGUGCCUUUUGAAGACACAGAGCACAGUGUUUAUAAUAAUCCAGUGUUCUCACCUCCCUAAUACUGGUCUUAUAUACACAAGCAAUUGAGCGGUAAUUAUUUAUAACGGGUAUUAGACACUGGCAAGCUUUUGUUCAGGUUAAAGCUCUACGAAGAAAUGUUUAAAAAACUUCUUUCAUUUGGCCAAAUCGGUCCAAAUUGCCAAAACUAAAUAAUUCAUCCCUCUAUUCUAAAUGCUAUGAUCAGAUAGAGUCUUCUCUAAAAUUGUUUCAUAUUUACAAGUGUAGCGGAGUCUUUUUUAAAAGGAUUGCAGACCAUACGUAGGAUGGCUAGCUAAUGAAAAUACAUUUUGGUAGAUACUGACUUACAGAUCACUACAGAUAAAAUGUCGGUAUAUUCAACUAGUUCUGAAUCGAAAGUAGACAAUACAUCGAAAACGAGUUUAAAUUUGUAAGGACAAAAUGUUAAGUUAUUAAAAGAUUGUUUUAUACUGUGCGUGGUAUUUACUCUAUGAUUAAUUACGUUGUAAAUCGGACAAACCAGUUGUAAUAUAUUGUUAUAUUGUGAUAAAAUGUUCAUGUAGCUACUGAAAGUCACACUGACAAAUAAAAUAUUUCUUUAGUGAAAGUGAAAAAUCCAAGAUGCUCACCAGAGCAGUACUUCAGUUAUUGGCCGGCAUUUUAUAAAGUUAACUGAUUUCACGGCUUCCUCGCAUAAUGACAAAUAUGAAUCCUACACCGUUCACAGGGAAUAAGCAUUUAACAAGUUAAAGUGUAAAUGUGACGGUCGCAAGUGAAAAACUAGAAGUGAGCCUUUCAAUAAUAGAUUUUAUAUAAUCCUGAAUAUUCUUUGUAAUCUAAAUCUUGAAAAUUAUAUUUGUAUAUUUACAUCAAUUAUUAUUUCAGUGAAGAUGUAUUA